GCCCCUUAGAGAAGGUCCAGAGCACCUCCUCAACAUUCCCAUCUCUCACCAUUCCCGUCUGGUAGGGAACACCUGGGCCAGAUUCUACCACCCUCCAACAGAUGCCUUUGGGGGGAGCUACCAGUGUCCAGAAGAGCCCCUGGGAUGGGUUUACGUCUCUGGAUUUUCCAGGCGUUUUUUAGGAUUAGAACAGGAGGUGACAGCCUUACAUAAAGGAGAAAGAAGGGCAUCUCAGGCCAAAGCAGUAUGGCAAGGGCAAGCACGGACACAGAAGUGCAGCUAAGUGGGCCCCAGCUGGCUGGGCUGGAUGAGCUGUGAGUUGUGGUCAGCAGUGACCAGGGAGGCUGUGUACUUGGGCCAGACACUGCCAAAGAUGAGCAUGUCCUCUGGUGUGAAGCAAAUCUCCAGGACAGGACAGAGAGGAAAGCACCUGCCUCACUUGCCUAGGUUUUUAAGGCAACUGUCAAGAAUGUGGGUUUCUUAAGCCAAGCGUGGUAGCUCACGCCUGUAAUCCCAGCACUCGGCAGGCUGAGGCAGGAAGAUCGCUGCGAGUGUGAGACCAGCCUGGGCUACAAAGUGAGCUCAAGGCCAACCUGAACUGCAUAGGGAGACCCUGUCUCAAAAAGACAAAAAAAAAAAAAAAAUGUUUCUCUACCUCACCCCACCUGUACUGGACCGGAACCUCAAAAGAAAGAUUAGGCAUAAUUUUUGAGAACCAGUACCUAGAUCUUGGUAACUCCUUUCUAAAGAACCUGUUAAAAUGCAACUACCACUGAGAGGAGGAGAAACUAACUGAUCUAUACCCAAGGGGACCACGGCCUGGCAAGCAAGGUGUUCCCUGGCAAGCAGGGAACCCUGGGAAAGUGGGAGGGCCCAGGCAGGCUUUGGGGAGACUGUAGACUAGAGAGCCCUAGGAGCUGACCUGGUGGCAGCAAGGGCAUCAUUCUCUUUGGCUUUCCUUUUCAAAAAGGAAUGUAGGAACACACUGAUCGCACAGCACUUUGGGCAGAUCUCAUCUAGGUCGAAGCCUCCUUAACUGGGAAAAAUGGAAACCAGGCCCCACCCAAGUUUUGUUUCUAAGUGUGUGACAGAGAGGGAGGAAACCAUGACUAUUAACACAGUGAAUAUGAGGGGCUGACUUGCACAGUAAGUACUCGGGGUUUUUUUCCUGCUUUGGGUGACAGGCCCCAACCUACUGCAAGUUUGAAGGGCCUGUCUUUAAAUACGCAUUUGUUUUUUUUUGUUUGUUUGUUUGUUUACUCUUCCAUGGAAGUUUACAAACCCUUGAUCAUGACUCAGUUUUACAAAGUAUUUCCCACCUUUGGUCCAUACAACAUUUCAUGCAUGCACUACCCCUGGGUAUAGAUCGGUUCUUUGCCUUUUCCUACUUUCAAGGUCUUGAUCAUGGUCCACUAAACUUCUUGACUCUGGUGGGAUACCACUUGCACGUUUUUGUGGUUUUUGUUUUCUGAGACAGGAUCUCACUAUUAAUUCAGGCUGACCUCAAACUCUACAUCAGUCCUCCUGCCGUAGCCUCCCUAGUACUGGGAUCACAGGAAUGCACCACCAUGCCCAGCUGCCAUUUGCACCUUUAAGAAACUUGCCCAGUGUGAGCUUCACAAAAUUUCCACAGCCCUGAUCUUAUCCAGCUCACUUGUCCUACAGUGUGUACCCUACUUUACUGAGGAGUGAACUGCCCAAGGCUGCAGUGUCCAUCCAGUGCUCUUCAGCUCCCCCUGGGGCUCUGUGGAACAGGACUUUCCCUGACACACACUCUAGCCUGAGGACUUUCUGAAAUGACUGAACUGGAGCUCAGUGGCCACUGGAAAGAUAAGAGAAGUUAAAUACAAACCUGGCCAGCUCAGACCCACUUCCUCCUGCUGAUUGGCCAAGGAGGGUCAGCUUCCUCCAGGAGGCUCCGCCCCCUGCAGGUGCCUUGCUGGGCAGUCCACUUCUGCUUGUUUAUGUGGAUGUGGUUCCUGAAGUGAGGGGCAGGAAGGAGCUGCUUUGUUCCAGUCACCACCACUGGAAACAGUUAUUUCUUUGCUGACAGCAGAGAAAGCAUUUUUCUUUGUUCAGUAGAAUUUGUAGAAGGCUGUUCCAUUGGCUGCUUCCUAUGGCCCUCGAGGGACUCAGGGCGAGGAGAACAUUCUGGCGGACGACUGUACUUUCACUUGGCCUCUUAGUCCUGCUCCUGUACUGGUUCCCUGUCAGGAAUCUGGAUCUCUUAAUCCCCAUGGGUGUGUGCCCUUCAGCCACAAUGGUCCUGCUGAGAGACAACUUCACAGGUGUCCUUCGACUCUGGAACCGGCCUAAUGUCCUGACCUGUACCUCCUGGAAGGCCCCCAUUAUUUGGGAUGGCACCUUCAACCCAGAUGUAGCCCAGCGAGAGGCUAGACGGCAGAACCUCACGAUUGGGCUGACUGUCUUUGCAGUAGGCAGGUACCUGGAGAAGUACCUGUCACACUUCCUGGAGUCGGCCGAGCAGUACUUCAUGGUGGGCCAGCGCGUUGUCUACUACGUGUUCACCGAGCAGCCCGCUGCGGUGCCCCGCGUGGCACUGGGCCCGGGCCGCCAGCUGCGCGUGGAGCCGGUGAUGCGUGAGCGGCGCUGGCAGGAUGUGUCGAUGGCGCGCAUGCGCACGCUGCAUGAGGCGCUGGGCGGGCGGCUGGGCCGCGAGGCGCAGUACGUGCUCUGCAUGGACGUGGACCAGCAUUUCAGUGGCCCCUUCGGGCCGGAGGUGCUGGCCGACUCUGUGGCACAGCUGCACGCCUGGCACUACCGCAGGCCGCGGUGGCUGCUGCCCUUUGAGCGCGAUGAGCGCUCGGCCGCCGCGAUAGCGUUCGGCGAGGGCGACUUCUACUACCACGCGGCCGUGUUCGGGGGCAGCGUGGCGGCGCUGCGCAGGCUGACGGCGCACUGCGCGCGAGGCCUGCAGCUGGACCGCGCGCGCGGCCUCGAGGCGCGCUGGCACGACGAGAGCCACCUCAACAAGUUCUUCUGGCUGCACAAGCCCGCCAAGGUGCUGUCGCCCGAGUUUUGCUGGAGCCGGGAUAUUGGCAGGCGGGCGGAGAUCCGCCAUCCGCGCCUGUUCUGGGCGCCCAAGGAGUACGCAGAGGUGCGCAACUAACGCCAUCGCGGGGCCGGCCCAGUCAACCAGGACGCAUGGAGUCGGGUUUACAGGAGGGGAAGACGCUGUGACCAGUUCCAAGGAGGCCCUUCUGGAAGCUGCGCAGCAGGCUGUAGGCCGAGGAAAUGUUGGCUGGAAGGACCCACAUGCCUGUCUCUCACCUUCACAGGCGGUCAAACUGCAGCAGCAACAGGACCCGGGGCAGGCAAUCUAUGGAUCUUUGACGUCUGACCUUACUGAAUUUGGUUGAUGUGGCCUGACUGAAUAGUUUAGCUUCAUCUCUUUUAAGCCAGGAGCCCGUGAUACAGAGGGAUGUGCCUUCCAGACACUGCCAGGAGCCCGUGAUACAGAGGGAUGUGUCUUCCAGACACUAUCAUCAACUCAUCCUGGUGUCAGCAAUGGAGAACCAGUCCAGCUGCUGGAGGGAGCAUGAACCAGAGGGAGAAACACAGAAAGCAUCCCUGACGUGGACUCUUUUUACCUCUCUUGCCCAUAAGCAGGGAGAACGUAUAUAUUUAUCUUGAGUAAUUUUAUUAUUUCAUUGGUACUGGGAACCAAACUCAGAGGCAUUCUGCCACUAUGCUACAUCCUCAGGUCCUUUUUUACUUUUUACUUUGAGAUACAGUCUCACUAAGUUGCCCAGGCAGGAUUUGAACUUGCAGACCUCCUGCCUCAACCUCCCAAGGUGCUAGGUUCACAGGCAUAUGCCACUGUGCCCUUUUUUGAGUAAUCUCACAAUAAAUUGUUCCGACAUUA